AUGUUCAUCCAUUUGGAAGUUUAUUAUUACACUUUCAUCCUGAUGGCGCACAUGAAGUCUUGCAGCAGUUGGUCAGUGAAUAAUUUCCUGAUGACUGGCCCAAAGGCCUACUUGAUCUACUCCAGCAGUGUGGCCGCAGGAGCUCAGAGUGGGAUUGAAGAGUGCAAGUAUCAGUUUGCGUGGGACCACUGGAACUGUCCAGAGAGGGCUCUUCAGCUCUCCACCCACAGUGGACUCAGAAGUGCAAACCGAGAGACAGCAUUUUUCCAUGCUAUUAGUUCUGCUGGAGUCAUGUACACCCUCACCAGGAAUUGCAGCCUCGGUGACUUUGACAACUGUGGGUGUGAUGACACCAGGAAUGGCCAACGAGGUGGCCAAGGAUGGCUAUGGGGAGGUUGCAGUGAUAACGUGGGAUUUGGAGAGGCAAUCUCCAAGCAGUUUGUGGAUGCGCUGGAAACCGGACAGGAUGCACGGGCUGCAAUGAACCUGCACAACAAUGAAGUAGGACGCAAGGCAGUAAAAGGAACCAUGCAGAGGACAUGCAAGUGCCAUGGAGUGUCUGGCAGCUGCACCACACAGACCUGCUGGCUGCAGUUGCCAGAGUUUCGAGAGGUGGGCAACUACCUAAAGGAAAAAUAUCACAGGGCUCUGAAGGUAGACCUGCUGCGUGGCGCAGGAAACAGUGCGGCCAGCCGUGGAGCGAUUGCAGAGACCUUCAGCUCUAUCUCACGUAAAGAGCUGGUGCAUUUGGAGGAUUCCCCUGACUACUGCUCGGAGAACCGCACUCUGGGUUUGCCAGGCACAGAGGGUCGUGAGUGCUUGAGGAAGGGCAAGAAUCUAAGCAAAUGGGAGAAGCGUAGCUGCAAGCGACUGUGCGGAGAGUGCGGUCUUGCUGUAGAGGAGCGCAGGGCUGAGACAGUGUCCAGCUGCAACUGCAAGUUCCACUGGUGUUGUGCUGUCAAAUGUGAGCAGUGCCGUAAAACUGUCACCAAAUACUACUGUGUGAAGAGGACCAAACGGGUCAAGAAUGAAAGUUCCAGCCAUAGGAAAAGCUAUCGGAUAAAGAAGAAGUACUAGAGAUGUCCUGAACUGUUUGCAGUGGUGGCCUAGCAGAUAGUUAUGCUAGCAGAUGCAUCUGUCCCAGAAAACACCCUUAGCUUGUAAAUUAAAGAACUUGUGAUCUCUAAAGUUUCAACUGAACAUUAAUGGAGAAAAUCAGAAAAAUAAGAAUGCUUUAAUGGAAGCCAGGAUCUCCAGAGCUGAUAAUAUAAACACCUCAGUUAAUGUAAGAUUCAUUUAAAGCGUUUCAAAAUCCCUCUUAUUCAUCUUUCUACAUUUUAUACAUUAUAAGCACAAUAUAGCACAAUAGACUGUAAAUAACCCAUUUCCUAGAUAAUUUAUUGGAAUGAUCAAACACAAGGUGUUUUGAAUUCAUCAUUGGGCCACAUUUGGAAUCAUUUCUUGCUUAAUGUUUUCUCGUCUGUUUCAUUCUGUUUUAGCAUUCCUACAAUAGUUUU